AUGGGUCAUCAAGAAGAGUUACAGAAAAAGAAAUACAGAAACUGGGUGAGGGGUGGACUGGCGUAUAAAUACCUUAAAGAAGGUAUCAAAGGAUUUGCUGAUGAUGUGGUUAAUGAAGAACACAGGAGAAUUAAUCAGGAUGUCAUAUCCGGACGUAGCUGUAACCAAUGCACCAAUGGAAGCCUGCGACCACUGCAUCCUUGUCAAAAAGAUCAGGCCGGCAAAAACAAAUGCUCUUGGGGCCAGAAUAGCUGUAACUGUCUGUAUACAAAGAAAAAACAAUGUCCUAAUAAAGUAUGCAACGUUAUCAUGGAAGAAAUUCUGAAAAUUCACGCAUCGGCACCGCCGUCACCAAACUGGAAAAAUACAGAUAUGCAGAAAUGGUGUUCGGAUCCAUGGGAGAUAGCAAAAUGUUUCAUCAAACCACCAGGAUAUUCCGACAAGUCUGGAGCAGACAAUAUUGACAUUUCAGGGUUACUUCAUGUUUUUAUCAACAAUAUCAGUCACAAAACACACUUGUCCGACAGUAGUGACGAUAUAUUUCUUAAGCUUCUACAAGGAAGAAAUGAAUUAUUCCAUUCACCGACCAUGGAAAUGGAAGAUUCCAAGUUGGGUGAAUGUAUAGAUGACAUCAUAGCCAUACUUGAGGAUGAAAAAGAACUGAAAGCAAGGCAUGAUGCUCAAGAAGCAGUCUUAAAACUUAAACAGUUGAAGCUGGAGAACUUUAUCAUUACCACACACAACGAGGUCGAUGUUUGCAGAGAUGCUCUAACCUCCAUCACCAACAAAACAGAAGAACUGAAACAAACGAUUCAAGAAGCUAAAGACGACAUUGCUAAGAAACAAGCAGAAGCUACUGAAGCAGUAGGUGAGGAGACAAAGAAAGUUUUGCGAGACGCUUUGGGAGAAUCAGACAAUCGGUAUGAGACACUAUAUGAAAGAGUUGAACGGCUUGAAUUAGAUCAUUCGGAUACAAAACGGCGGCUUACAAUACUGGAGGGUAAAGUAGACAAACUGGACAUCAUACGUCAAAAUCACCAGAAACAGUUAGACUACGUUGAAGGAAAACAAGUGAAAUGUAAAGACUAUCGAGAAUCUCGCAUGAAAAACAAUCAAUCCCGCCUGGAGGAGAAGCGUUUUGAGGGUAGCCAGAAGCGUUCUAACGCAGCACGCAUGCUUAAAAUAGACGAAUACGUAAAUAAACUAACACGUAGACAUUUUUUUUUCUCACUGGCAAAAAUGACGGAGAAACUUCAGUUUAAAAGUAGAAAGAGUGAUCACCACACGGAGGAAGAAGAGAUCUAUCAAAAUCUUUAUGACUAUGGAUACCCAAUAUCUCAGAUCCGUACAAUAAUAAGGAAACAUCCAGAUAGACAAACGAUAAAAGAUACAGCAGAGGAUGACCUGGAUGAAGUGAAGCAGACGGAAAACCAGGAUGAUGUCAUCACAAAGGAGUUGUAUCUCUGUGGAAAUUGUAGUGAGGGAUUUGCUUCCAUUCAGGCAUGUAAAGAUCAUAUGACAAAUGUUCAUGAGGUGACAGACUUUCAAACAAGUUGUAGAGUAGAUGCUGGCACUCAAGUUGAACCCAAAAAGAAACCUGGACGGAAGAAAAAAUCUGAACUCAUUGAGCAAAUUAAGACAGAGCCGGAGGAAAUAGUGAUGUCAGAAUCUGAUGAGGACUGGGCGGAACAGUUGAUGUCAUACUCAACACGAAGUCGCCGGAAGAGAAAACCCCCACAGGCGUUAAAGAAUGACUAUUACCUUGGUAGAACAAAAAGAAAAGAACAGAAAAAGAGAGAACCCAAAGACCUUAACACUAAAUGUGAAAAGGAAGGUUGUACAUUGCGAUUCAAAGAUGAAGAAACAAUGAGACAACAUUUACAGUGUCAUAUAGACGAUGCUGGUGUAACAGGUCCACAAUUCAAGUGUACAGCAUGUGAGGAGACGUUUGAUACCUGGAGAGUGGCGAGAAUUCAUAUGUGGAAGAUACACAGAAUCAGUAUAGACAUGAUCAGUUGCCCUCUCUGUGAUCUCUACAAAACAGAUGCACCUUCAAAACUAAAGAUUCACUUGGAGACACAUGGUUCAGAACGUCCCUAUGCCUGCCCUGUUUGUGGUAAAGCAUUUAAACAAUUUGCUCAGAUGAAGAAUCAUGAAACUUGUCACCUCUCACAAGAUAUUGUCAACUCGAAGGAGAUGUCAGACAGAUGGCAUACACCAAAGACUUGUAAUAUCUGUGGUAGAAGAUUUGUGAAUGUGAAAUGUAUGAAAAAACACAAGGAAGUGGUGCAUGGUGGGAAAAAAGAUUUCAAAUGUACAUACUGCAGUUACGAGUGUUCGAGGAAGGCCAUGUUAGUUUUACAUCUCCGGAUACACACUGGACAUAAACCAUUUAAGUGUGAUCAAUGUUCUUACUGUUGUGGAGACCACAAUUCUUUACGAAGACACAAAAUGCGACACACAGGACAAAAGCCUUACAGAUGUCCACAUUGUCCAUAUGCCAGUAUACAGGCAAUUUCUCUCAAAGUGCAUGUGAAAAAUAAACAUCCUGGGAUGGGAGGUAUAUAUUGCUGUGAAUGGUGUUUAUACAAAACUGUAAAUAAGCAGCAGUUUGAAAAUCAUCAGAUGGACCAUAAGAAUGGAUUGAUAAAAACUGAGCCAAAUGUAAAAGAAGUUCAAUUAGAUCUGUCUAAAUUUCCACAAGCAAAGCGACCGGGAACCAUGAUUAUAGGUUCAAAUUUACCUACAGUGUAUACCAGUAUUCCUGCUGAGAACCGUAAUAUAUUACAAGUAUUACAGACACAUGUUCCCCAUAAUUCAAAUGUUCAGGAAGUGUUACAGUCACAUGUUACCCAGAAUUCAGAUUUACAGGAAGUGAUAGAAACAUCUGGUACCCAGCCUGUUCUGCACACUCCAUCUCUCAUUCUAGAUGAAGGGCAAGUAAGCCAUUUCCAUCUACAAAUGAAUGAGAAUGGUGAAAACGUUACUGUUGAAGAAUUUGCAAAUGAAGGUCUAGCACCCAAUGACGUUGCAGCAGCUCAGCUCGUUUAUUCUGCUCUCACUGCUAUUUCCCAGAAUCCUCAGAAUGGGAAAGACGUUAUAGAUUCAGAGGGUUUAGUUGCAGGUGUGGAGAGAGGUGAAAUUCAAACUUCUAUAGAGACAAAUUUAAAAGAAGGGGUGACAACUCAUACAGUUACAUUCCAUCUGCCAGAAGGGGAAGAGAUAACAAGGGAGGUCACUCUACAAGACCAAAAUGAAUCAAAAGAUGGAAUAAAUGUGAUACAGAUAUCUGGAGUUAAUGAAUGGCAGGAAAGUGGUACCAUUACUGAACUACAACAGGAAACUUAGCUUAAAUUGGUUUUCUUUAAACAAGAUUAUAUUGAGAUAUGUCUGUGAUUAGCUGAUAAGUGUGACAAGUUGUUUAAAAGCUGGUAUCAAACUUCAGCACAGUGUUACUUUUGUUUCCUGGAACAGUAGACACUGGCAUCCUGUUUAAAUUGGGCUAAAAUUCAGCUAUGUUAUAAUGAUUCUACUCGACCCUUUUAAGGGCCCCUAGAGUUAAAUAUAGAAAAACCUUUAAACUACUACUUUAUAUGGGUCUUCCAACAAAUUUGAUCUUUAGCAUCCUUGUAUGGUCCUCUUAAAUUGAUUCAAAUGGUUUCAUUUUUAGCUCAACAGAACCAAAGGCUCAGGGUGAAAUAUUUUGAUCUCUCACCGUCCAGCGUCCGUCAUCCGUCAACUAUUCUUUAAACAACAUCUCCUCAUAAACCGCUUGGACAAUUUCAUCCAAACUUCAGAGGAAUGUUCCUUGGGGGAAGCUCUACAAAAAUUGUUCAAAGAAUUGAAUUCCAUGCAGAACUCUUGUUGCACUGGCUACCAAAAGGAAAAACUUUAAAAAUCUUCUUCUCAAAAACCAGAAGCCCUAGAGCUUAGAUGUUUGACAUGUAGCAUUGCCUAGUGGACUUCUACAAAAUUUGUUCAAAUCAUGACCCUCCCCAGGGUCAGAUUGACCCCACCCCAUAGGGUAACUUGAUUGUAUGUAGAAAAAAUCUUCAAAAUUUUCUAAAAUAUAAACCAGAAGGCCUAGAUCUUAGAUAUUUGACAUGUAGCAUUGCCUAGUGGACCUCUACAAAAGUUGUUCAAAUCUUGAAACCCCCAGGGUCAAAUUGACUCGGGGGGCCCAGGGGUUACUUGAUUGUACAGAGGGAAAUCUUCAUAAAUUUGUUAAAAAUAAACCAGAAGGCUUAGAUCUUAGAUAUUUGAUAUGUUACAUUGCCUAGUAGACUUCUACAAACUUUGUUCAAAUCAUGACUCUCGGGGUAAAAUUGGCCCCACCCCAGGGGUUACUUGAUUGUAGGUCGGAAAAUCUUCCAAAAUAUUUCUGAAAAUCAUCAGUUUCACAUUUGAAACAUGUAGCUAAUAUAAACCCAGGUGAGCGAUCCAGGGUCAUUAUGACCCACUUGUUAGGUUACCUGAGCAUGAAGUGCUCAAAGGUGAGCUUUUGUGAUCGCCCUGUGUCUGCCUUCCGUCAGUCAUAGGUCGUCAACAAUUUGACUGUGAACACUCUAGAGGUUUUGGCCCAGACCUAAUGAAACUCGGUUAGAAUGUUACCCUUAAUAAAAUCUUGGAGAAGUUCGAUAUUGCCUCAUCUGGGGUUAAAAACUGGGUCACCAGGUCAAAUCAAAGGAAAAGCUUGUUAACACUAUAGAGGCCAGAUUUAUGACUGUAUCAUAAUGAAACUUGGUAAUCUUGAUGAUCUCAAGGUCCAGUUUGAAUGUGGGUCAUAUAGGAUCAGAAACUAGGUCACUGGGUCUAAUCAAAGGAAAAUCUAGUUUACACACUAGAGGCUACAUUUAUGACCAUAUCUUAAUGAAACUUGGUCAGAAUGUUAGUCUUGAUGAUCUAUAGGUCAAACUCAAAUCUGGGUCAGGUGGGGUCAAAAACUAGGUCACUAGGUCAAAACAAAGGAAAAGCUUGUUAACACUCUAGUGGCCACAUUUUGGACUGUAUCUUCAUGAAACUUAGUCAGAAUGUUAAUCUUGAUGAUCUUUAGGUCAUGUUUGAAUCUGGGUCAUGUCAGGUCAAAAACUAGUCACCGGGUCAAAAACAAAGGAAAAGCUAUUUAACACUUUAGAGGUUACAUUUAUGACUAUAUCUAAAGGAAACUAGGUCAGAAUGUUAAUCUUGAUGAUCUUUAGGUCAAUAGGACAGGUGAGUGAUACAGCGUCUUCAUGGCACUCUUGUUUCCUGUUAUGGGGGUCACUAGAGUUAAACAGAAAAAAAGCAUUCUCACGAACCACAUGAUGGAUUAUCAUCAAACUUGGUCAGAAGCAUCCUUGAAUGGUCCUUUCUCAGGUAUAUUCAGAUGGUUUUGCUUGGCCUAGUUUAAUACCUGCCAGGUCUAAAAAUACAGAAAAAAGUUUCAAACAAAGCACAUGAUGGAUCAUCAUCAAAUAUUGUUAGAAGCAUUAGCAUAAGGUCUUUUUUCAAAUGUAUUCAAAUUAUUCUGUUUGACACCUUGCAGAAAAACAAAAAAAAAUCUUAAAUUUCUUUUUCUUAUGAACCACUUGAGGGAUUUUACCAAAGAUUGUCUGUAGCAUCAUUGUAAAACUCUGCUUUAUUCAGCCAGAUCUAAAAACACAAAAUCCUUUAUACAGCAAACUGGAAUCCUUUGAAGGUUUCUUAUAUUUGUUCAAAUGCUGGUGCAUGGUCCCAUGUUAGGAUUGCAAAAGCCAAAAAUAGAGAUAUCAGUGUAAUUUCUUUCUCAAAUUUAAUUAACCUCAUUAAGGACCCACUUGACCUAAAAAAAACAAAAACAAAUUAAACAACUUCUUCUAGUUAAACAUAUGUUUUUUCUUCUAAUUUGUUUGUAGCAUCCUUGCAAGAUCCCUUAUAAAAUGUAGCAUCCUCUCAUGGUCCUCCCAGUUUGUUCAACUCGUUGUGCAUGGACCCUAAAUGGGCCAACAGAACUCAAAAUAGAAAAUCUUUUAAACAGCUCCUCAUCAUGAACCAUAUGGUGGCUUUCCAGCAAUAUUUUAAAGGUCAGAUCUUUAAGGUAAAGGUCAUACUUAUGGAUUCUGUCAUGUCCUUAGUUAUUUUUUUUUCAUACUUAACACACAUAGACAAUGAGGUGAGUGACAUUGGGUCAUCAUGCCUCUCUUUGUUUUUUUACAGGCAUUGCUUUCUAUGAAGCGCAAGGGAAGAAAGUCUUUUGGAGGUCUUAUCAGACCUGUUACCUUGUUCCAUUACAAGUAUAUACUAAUACUUCAUUUCUAUAAACAUAGUAAUAGUAUUAGUCUCCGUCAAGUAAUGAAAAUAUUUAAGCUGUUAUCAAAUUUAAUAUCUGUUUUUGUAUUGAUUCAAUAAAUGUUUUGAAAGAAGUUA